AUGCCAAUUUACUCCUGGCCAGAAUCCCUGCAAACAGAUGAGGUAAUCAAGUCCAAGGAUAUUUUGGAUUUUUUGACUUCAAACCCAGAAAUCAAAGACCAAUUAUUCUCUAUGGCAGACACAGACCCACCGACCUCCUCCAGUCUCGAAGAGUUAAACAUGAAAAAGACUAAUGGCAUGACCAAAGCCUCAGUCUCGACCCCGACCAGAGACUUUGUUGCUGAAGAGUUUGGCUUCAAGAUGGAUAGUAAGGUCCUGACCGAAGCCUCAGUCUCGACCUCGACCACAGAACUUGUUUCUGAAGAGACCAGUUUCAAGGUGGACAGAACCAUAUGCGGCCACCGUAGGAAUGGAAAGCAUACAGGUGACGCCGACUGGUCACACGAACUCCAGGCCUGGAAGCACCGUGACGGAACUAAAACUGAUGGAGGUUCAGGUGUUGCUCUUUUCAGUUCUUUUAGAGAUGCAACCAUCUUCAACGUACAAAGUCAUCAAAUCAUGAGUCGUGGACAUUUAACCCACAAUCCGAGGCCUAACAACAAGUCAAGCCAGCUUGCAAGCCUUCUGAGCUUGGCAAAAGCUAUGCUCAAGUUUAUUCAAGUCCAAGCUGAGCUUAAGGUUAAAACUCCAUACUUCUCUAUUCAGCCUAUCUCAAGCCUCAACAUCUUAGGCUCAGUCUCAAGAGCCUGGCAUAGUUCUCCUAACUUAUCCAUAACAUUACCAGGCCGGCAGACAUCAUGGUUUGGUCAAAUAUUAUAG